CGGGCUAAGGGGCGGGGCCUCUCCUUCACCCGGGCAGAGCAGCAGCAGCAGCAGGCAUGGAGCCGGCGGCGAUGCUCACCUGCUGGGGAGCCGUGCUGGGGACGGCUGUGUCGCUCCCGCUGCUGCUGCUGGCGGCAUCCCCCUACGUGAGGAGGUAUGUUGCUGGAGGACAGUGUAAGUCAGCAGCUAAGCUAGAUGGGAAGGUGGUGAUAAUCACAGGAGCUAACACAGGCAUUGGGAAGGAGACAGCCAGAGAUCUUGCACGAAGAGGUGCAAGGGUGAUUGUUGCCUGCAGAGACGUAGCAAAGGGAGAAGCUGCAGCCAGUGAAAUCCGAGCUGAAACAGGGAACCAGCAGGUCAUUGUGAAAAAACUGGACUUGGCUAAUACAAAGUCCAUCCGGGAGUUUGCUGAGAACUUUCUAGCAGAGGAGAAGGAACUUCAUAUCCUCAUUAACAAUGCUGGGGUGAUGCUAUACCCUUACUCCAAGACAGCUGAUGGCUUUGAGAUGCACCUGGGAGUCAAUCACCUCGGUCACUUUCUCUUGACUUUCCUAUUGCUGGAGCGUCUGAGGCAGUCUGCCCCGGCCCGUAUAGUGAAUGUGUCCUCACUGGCUCAUCAUGGAGGCCGAAUCCGCUUCCAUGACCUCCAUGGUGACAAGAGCUACAAUCGCGGCCUUGCCUACUGUCACAGCAAACUGGCUAACGUGCUUUUCACACGGGAGUUGGCGAGGCGGCUGCAAGGUACUAAAGUCACAGCAAACUCUCUCCACCCUGGCUCUGUCCGUUCUGAACUGGUCCGGCACUCAUCUGUAAUGACAUGGCUGUGGAAGGUGUUCUCAUUCUUCCUGAAGACUCCUUCGGAGGGAGCUCAGACCAGCGUGUACUGUGCAGUGGCAGAGGAGCUAGACUCUGUGACAGGACAAUAUUUCAGUGAUUGCCAGCCAGCAUAUGUAUCUCCACGGGGCCGGGAUGAUGAGACAGCAAAGAAGCUCUGGCAUGUGAGCUGUGAGCUCCUAGGCAUCCAGUGGGACUGAGCAGUGCAGACCUCAAGCAUGUGUCACAGUGGCUGACCAUGGUGAUGCUUCUCCUCCUGGGAAACUUCAAGACAAGAACUUCAGCACUUCCAGAUACCCUCAUGAUGGUUCAAUGGACACAACUGAGUAUGAAUUUCUGAAAUAUUAUGCUUAAGGAAUGAGAUUAGUAAGCAGCUGGUCCCCUUUCCUAGGUGGAGACUUAGAGCACAGAUGCAGAUAUGAUUGAUAUAUACUUGAUAUUCCAGAGCCAGGUGCUAAUUGUGCUCUGGCUCUAGAAUAGAAAGGGAAGUUGCAGUCUUAUGUUUAGAUUAUGAAGCAAAAGACUUCCCUUCAUUGAGAAGCUUUUUUUUUUUUUUUUUUUUUUUUUUUAACUCCACAGUAGUAGUAAUAGUAAAGUAGGACACUAUAUUUAUGAUCUAAGGUUAUUUUCAGUUUCUAGUAUUUGACCUAGCAGAAUAGGAGAAGUACUUUUUCAGGUAUUAAGGUUUCUGGCAAUUAUAUGCAAUACAAAUGUUCUCUAGCACAUAGAAACAGGUGCUGGCCUUUUUGUGCCAAGCAUUAUGUAAAGUUUUUAACUGGAAUUAGGUGUUGUUCUGUAUAUGCUCUGUAAGAAGUUGGGCCAUAGCUACUGAAGCACCUUGUCUCCAUUGGCUAUUGAUUGGCAUAAGUAAACCAAGGGUCUGUAUAUCUUUUGAGGACCCAGGUCUCAAUGCAGUUGACUGGGAGGUUAAAUGCUGCAGGAAUACUGCAAUCCUGCAUAGGCAAGUUUUCUUAUUUCAAAAAAUUGACAUUGCUGCUAUGAAGCAUUAAGCAAAGACGAUGUAAAAGUUGUUACAAUAAAAUCCCCAGCUGCACUUUAAA